CACAGAUCGCACCGCGUAGCUUGCACCACAGACUGCACCACCUAGACGACAGCGUAGCUCUGACCACACAGAUCGCAUCCCGCAGACUGCACCACACACGGAGCUCGCCUCGGGCGAGCAAGCGCCUGCUGCUUGGGGCCCACGCUGGCUGAGCGUGCCCCUCCGCGGAAUGGUGGACGUGGGGUAAGCCCUGGACUCGGAGCGUACAAGCCCUCAUGGCCGCGAGCUCCGGCACCAUGUACGGCGCCUCCCUGAGCGAGGCCGGCUGCAGGGCCGAGUGCGACGCGGACAUCCGGUGCACCGCCUACGCCUUCAGCGAGGAGCUGCCCGGGGCGAAGCCGGAGCGGUGCCUGCUGGGGCAGGGCGUGGCCUCGCUCCACCCGAGGCCGCAGUGGUUCGCGUACGCCCCGCGGGACGCAGCGGGCUUCCUGCAGGGCGGGGGGCCCAUCUCUUGCUUCAGGAGGGCUGGCCCCGUGGUGCUCGACGGCUUCCGGUCGGCCGGGGCGUGGUCUUCCGUCGCCACGCUGGUGCUGUCGCUUGUGCUGGCGGCUUCCACGUGCGGCUCGUGCUGCCACCUGUACAACCUGCUCAUGCUGCGGCAGGGCAAGCCGACCGCCGCGGAGCUCAGCGUGCUGAUGUGUUGCCCGUGCUGCGCCCACCGCGUGCACCGCCAGCUCAGGGACCCGAUCUUCGACUCCGACUCGGACGAGGAGGCCUCGAGCGACAACGAGGACGGCGACCGCUGAGCGCUCCCUCCCGCGCGCGGGCUCGCCGCACGGCGGGGGACGCUGCGCGGAGGCCGCGAGCUCGCGCGUGGCGCGUGGCGAGCAGUGUGUGGGGCGCGG